AUGAUUGAACACUAUAAAUCGAAUGCCCCAGAUUUGUUCGAUCCAAUUACGUUCUCUGGGGGUACUGCACUUCAUAUAGCAGUGUGCAGCAAAAAAGAGCAACCGCUUAAAGCUUUACUUGAUAUUUUAAGUGCUAUUACUACCACCAUUACUACUACUACUGCUGCUAUUACUACUACUAGACAAAACGAUUUCUUGAAGCGUGGAAGCUAUCAUGGAAAUACAGUUCUUCACCAUGCAACCAUCUAUGGAAAUUUUGAGGCAGUAAAACUAUUGGUGGAACGUUAUCCAGACCUAGUUUCCAUUACAAAUAAAUCCGGUGAAACCCCAUUGUUUACAGCUGCUGAAUUUGAUGACACAGACAUAGUGAGGCUCUUGCUUGAGUCACUAUCAGGACAAACAGUGGACCAUCAUCUCCGCUGCCUACCUUCAAUUCACUGCCAACGAUUAGAUAAAGUCUCCAUCCUUAGCGCUGCUAUCUUAGGGCAACACUUUGGUAAUAAUCUGUCUCUAUAA